AUGUUUCCUGUACUACUAUCACUACUCUGGGUAGCGCUUCUCACAGGACGCACGCUUGCGCAAAAUGCAACCUUUACACGUGGACAAAAGUUUCAGAUCAUCCUUCUUGGCGUGCCCGACGUUUCCAAGAUGCCGCUUCCGCCUACGGAUGCGCCGGUGUGGGAUGUCGAUCUCUUCGACACCCCCGUCACGACGAUAAGUGCGCUCAAGAAAGCAGGCAAGACUGUCAUAUGCUACUUUAGCGCCGGAACGGCAGAGAACUGGAGGGAUGAUUAUGGUGGCUUUGCUGCUGCUGACUUGGGCAAGGUUCUGCCGGAAUGGUCGAAUGAGAAGUGGGUGAAGACAGGUAGUCAGGGUAUCCGGAAUAUCAUGGCGAAGCGGAUUAAGCUGGCUGCUGAUAAGGGGUGUGAUGCGAUUGAUCCUGACAAUACUGCUAAUAGCCUCCCGCAGAUGGAUACGUACCAAAAUGAAUCCGGUCUCUCACUCACCCCCGCCGACGCCAUAUCCUACCUAACCUUCCUCGCCGCCACAGCAACCACCCACUCCCUCUCCAUCGGUCUGAAAAACAGCCUCUCCAUCCUCCCCUCCGUAUCCCCCCUCAUCGACUUCGCCGUAAACGAGCAAUGCUUUCAACUAGGCGAAUGCACGGCCUACACCACCUUCCUCGCCUCCAACAAACCCGUCUUCAACAUCGAAUACCCACAACCUCUCAACGCCGCAUCCGUACAAGGCUCAGCGUGUAGAAACCCGGUUGUUGACGGCAUGAGCACGGUGCUGAAGGAUCUGACGCUGGAUGGUAGGACCGUGUAUUGCGAUGGCGGCGGCGUGGUCGUGGAUACGCCUACGGUUGGGGGAAGCUCGUCGCCGAGACCUUCGCGUCCGCCGAUGCCGGUCUACGGUGACGCGCAGUCAGACGGCUACGUCUACGCAGAAACCGACGAGUACAUCUACGCAGCGACCGACGGGUGCGCCGGGUGGUGGCGGGUGUAG